AGUAUGUAGAAAAGUAAAGAUAUCAAGAUGAAUAAAACGAAAUUCAAAAUAAAGGAUACAAAAAAUUAAAUUCUUCAAAAUUAUAAUGCACUUUAUUUUGAUUAAACUUUGAAUUAAAUUUACUAUCUUAAUAUCUUUGAUUAAUUGCUAAUCAAAUAUAGGCCAAAUCUACCGGAAUAAACUAUCAUAUGAAAGAUAACAUAAUUAAACUUUAAAAAUAGAAAGAUUUUCAACCUACUUCAUCAAAUUUUGAAUUAUGGUCUAAUGAGUAGAAGUUACGACUAGGUUUCAAUUAAAUUAUCAACCAUGUUAACUUAGACUCUUAGUCGAUUAAUCUUUUUUCUCAGACAAUCCAUCGAAGUAACUUAACAUCAGCUUUUCCUCGAAAUAAUUACUAGUUUAAUUGUUAUGCAAUGAGAUUUUCUUAUUCCUUGUAUUUUUGUUCAAUUUUUAUUUCGGUUUAGAAGUUCAAUUUUUAAUGA